ACAGCGAGAGGCUGAGACAGCGAGAGACGGAGACAGCGAGAGACAUACACAGAGACAACGAGAGGCAUACACAGAGACAACGAGAGACAUACACAGAGACGGAGACAACGAGGGACUGAGACGUGUAGCGGUAAACUGGGACGGAGAACAAGGGACAGACACUGAGAUAUGAGGAAAGGGACAAGUGUGAUAAGGACAGGUGGACGAAUACUAAGACGGGGAGGGAGCAAGGAGACAGCGAGACAAGAAAUGUGAACAACAACAACAAAACAGACUAUCGGAUAGACAAUGGGACAACAGCGACAGUGAGAGCCCGAGGCAAGAGACAGUGAAUGGGACAGAGACUGAUCCAGAGACAUGACAAAAGAAAGAUAGGCAGCAGAGGCAUGAGAUAAGACAGCACUGAGAGACGAGAGAUAAACACGGGGACACAUUUGGAGACAAUCGACGGACAAGGAGCCGUAGAACACACGAUAUAGGGGGUCAAACACGAGAGAGGGGUAGGGGAAAGGAGUCGAGAUACGGGGUGGUGGGUGGGGGGUUAUGGGAUAAUAAGAGACUCGGGAACAGAUACACAAAGAGACAGAGCCUUGAUAAAUAGGAUCUGGGACGCUGGUGACACAGACGGAAGGAACAGGCGAACCCAGGGGGGGUGGUGGUGGUUGUGUUUUUUUCUGACGCUUUUAAGCCCCGGGACCCGUCCCCCCCACGCCUGGCUGUGACCGUGAUGGAGGCCCUCGACGACACGCGGCCGUGCCCCCCCGCUUCGGGCUCGGGGGGGCAGCAGGGCCAGGGGACCGAGUCGGGCUCCGUCGUGUUGCUGGCGGUGCCGGGGCCACCGAGCAUCGCGGAUUUCCGCACCCUGAAGCCCAUCAGCCGUGGAGCCUUCGGCAAGGUCUACCUGGCGCGCAGGGAGAGCACGGGACACCUCUACGCGAUCAAGGUGAUGAAGAAGGCGGACAUGGUCAACAAGAACAUGGUGCUCCAGGUGCAGGCUGAGAGGGAUGCCCUGGCUCUCAGCAAGAGCCCUUCCAUCGUACACUUGUUCUACUCUCUGCAGUCUGCUAACAAUAUCUAUCUGGUGAUGGAGUACCUCAUUGGCGGUGAUGUGAAGUCACUGCUGCACAUUUACGGCUACUUUGAUGAGGACAUGGCUGUGAAGUACAUCGCCGAGGUGGCACUGGCUCUUGACUACCUACAUCGCCACGGCAUCAUACACCGGGACUUGAAGCCAGAUAAUAUGCUCAUCUCUGAUACAGGACACAUAAAACUCACAGAUUUUGGUCUGUCUAGGGUCUCCUUAAACCGAGAGAUCAACAUGGCUGACAUCAUGUACACACCUUCUAUUAAGAACUCUAAAAUGAGUAUCUCUCGAACUCCUGGCCAGAUACUCUCCCUUGUCACAUCCUUUGCCUUUAAAUCUGCUGAGAAGUCCGGCUGCAAUCCGAUGUCUUCGCCAGAAAAUGUGUGCUAUGAUAGUAUGCAGCGUGAAAACACAAUGUGUGGUAGCAUCUCCUCUACUUUGGAGCCAGGGAUGCACAACACACAUUGUACACUCAGUUCCGUUGCGGGAUCUAGCCUCAUGGUGUCGCGGAGCGUUGGAGAGCUUGAUUCAACGACGACAACACAGAGAGGAACUGACAUAGACAUGAGCUUGACGUCACCUGCAGGAGGGCCGAUAAAUGAAAGCGUCAUGUUCUUAGAUCAAAAAAAUGAUAUCUCCAUCAAAUCCUCCCAAAAAAAGUACAGUCUUAACAUUCCUCAUGCAUUUAAAAGAAAGUUAAACAAAAGGCUCUCGGCACUUGCAGGUGGAGGUGCUAUGCACAGCUCUCCAGCCCCUGUGGUGUCUUUGACACCGCGCCUGCUCAAGUCACACAGCUCCCCAAGCAGCUGUGGCUCCCGUGGGUCUCCCCACACCAGCUCGGUGCUGCAGACUGACAGAGUGACACAAUAUGCAGAUACACAAAUCGUCGAUAAGGUUCCAAUAAUUGGUGGUACAAGCAGCCAAGAUAAAGGGAAAAUUUAUUUGAACUCUUCAAAGAGCACAACUUUAGCUACAAUGCUGGAGAUGCCGCACAUUGCUUCAAAGAGUUCAGGUUUUGCUACAAAUAAUGCAGAUUCUGACAAGUCUUAUGUAGGGGUUCAUUCCACAUGGACAAGUAUCCUGGAUGAACCACUGGUCACAGAGAAGCCUGCUGUCUCUAGUCCAGAAUUCAAUGAUUUCUCAGAUGAGGGUAUCUGGAAAAGAUGUAGUCCUGAAGUGGCGAGCCGUUUUAUGAACAAUGCAAGUGAAAAUAGUUGUGUACAAGAAGACUGCAUGCCAUCAGUUUUGAACGAGAAUAAAGAGAAUGUAGUGGUUCAAAAUAUGGUGGAUUUACGUAAUCAACGGGAUGGUACUUUUAUGGUAAAAAGACAAAUGAAACAAGACGAAAUGUUGGGAUGCGAAUGUGAUGGCAAUUUUGGACAUCCAUCACAAGGGAGAGUAAAGAGGAGAUUUGAAGAAUUAGAGCAAAGCCCGGUAAGAUUAAAAAACCACGUUGGACGUUACGAAGUUCGACAGUAUGAGAGGGCAGCAAAGAUUUCCAAUGUCAAAAAGAACUGCCAUACAGGUUUGACUACAUUUGUGAAUACAAUUUGCAUUCAAGGAAAUCAAAAGCCAGAUAUAGGCUCCGACUGUAACGUUGAUACCUACCAUACUUUACCUAGCACAGAAGCUGAAAAUGGCGUAAAUGUUUCGGCACCGAUAAGUGGAUCCAAGGACCUUUUAAAAACCAAAAAUGAUUGGCAGAUAGAGCAUAUAGUUUGCAAAAGCAGUACUCCAUCUGUUGCAAAAAAUCUGCUUACACACCUUGAAAAAAAGACACACGACAGUAUUUGUGUGGACCCUGUUGAAAAAGAUCUGAGGAGAAGCUUCAGUAGUUCUCUUAAUUCAUCUGGUAAUGACAGCUCUCACAUGGAGAGGAGCCUAUCAGACCUGGAUAAGAGCUUAAAGGACCUCUCAUUUGAGGACUGCAAGCUUAAAGACAACUUCACCGAUUCCACCAAAGAACAUAUUAGUCCAAAGCAAAAUGACUUGGAACCCACACAGUACUGCAACAAUAUUUCUAUGCUUCCAAGACCAGAUGCUGCAUGCUUCAAGCAGCCUUCAAGUCAAUUCCAACAACAGCAUUGUCCUAAGCAUGACUCUGUUGGGACAAAGCAUCUUAUACAGAUAAAAAAGAAUGUUGUGGUGUUCAAAAGCCAGGAAUGUUUAGGGGACAGCAUGCAGAGUCUUGGAGAAAGUCCUGCUGGCAAGAAGAUCAUUAGUGCAUCCAUGGACGUGUUGAUGGAGUCUCCACUUCAUUCCAGUAGCAUGCAUCACUACCUUACCCCCACUCAAAAGCCUACCUCCUUUACGACUCCGUGCCGAAAAGUGCAGACUCCGUAUAGAACACCGAAGAGUGUGCGCAGAGGGCAGACCCCAGCUGCGGCCUUGCACAUCUUGGGUACCCCCGACUACCUGGCACCAGAGUUACUGCUGGGAAAGCCUCAUGGCCCAAACGUCGACUGGUGGUCCCUCGGAGUGUGCCUGUUUGAAUUUCUAACGGGAAUCCCACCCUUUAAUGACGAGACCCCAAACCUGGUCUUUCAGAACAUUCUCAAGAGAGAUAUUCCCUGGCCAUUAGGGGAGGAGACACUGUCCUGCCACACCCAGGAUGCGAUAUCUAGGCUUCUUACAAUGGACGACAGCAAGCGUGCCACCUUCAAGGAUUUGAAGCAGCACGUGUUGUUUAAUGGCAUGGACUGGGAAAACCUGCAGGAGCAACCCAUGCCAUUUGUGCCACAGCCGGAUGAUGAGACUGACACUACGUACUUCCAGGCUCGCAAUGACGCUCAGCACUUGCAGGUCUCAGAGUUUAGCCUUUGAAGUGUUCACUGCCUAAACCUCAUAAUACUGCGCAUAGCUUGAGCAGACUUGUCAUAAACAGUAUUUGGAGUGACAACAUUUCUUGCCCCAUGUUAUUGUAAUGGCAUUCUCAUAUUACACUUUAGUUUCACAGUCAAACCACAAUUUCCUAAAAGUGAUUUCUGUUAAUUCCAAAUUUGACUUGUGGUUAGAGUAAUUUUUCAUCAUUAACAGUAACUUUCAACAUUGUUAAUUACCAUGAAAUGUAAAUAAAGGUCUAUUUUUUAAAUCCUUAAGUUUUGUCAUAAACAAGUUUGCUUCUGGCUUUUAUACUUUUUAAGUAUAAUGCAUUUUCAGUUAGGUUUUCAAAUCCUACAAGCAAAAUACUUUGCCCCAAGACUGACAUAGAAGCCUAGUACCAACAUGAGUGGCACUAACAGGUUCCCAAAGUAGUUUCUAUCUAACAGUACAUCAAUACUAACUUGAACUUCCAGAAAUGCCAUGAAAAUACUGUAAUGCUUUAACUUCUUGGGCAUGGGAUAGCUGAAAAUGUUAAAGAACUACUUCUGAGGGUUGUGCUUGUGUUAUCUUUAAAUAAAUGUAUCGUAAGUGUACAAAGGUG